AUGCAACAAUCAAAUUUGCUCUUAUCUGUUCCAGCUACUGACGCUCCAAUAUAUGUCUAUGUGCACAGUGAAAAUACACGCAACCGGGUUCUUCGAUUUCUUCCCCUCAGGAACGAUGAGCCUUUCCACGGCCUCUCCAGUCGAUUCUUGUUCAUAGGGUACGCCGCCCAUGACUAUCAACUUGCACCGAUCUAUUGGCCUGAGGAAUAUCGAGAAUUAUUUGAGCCAUCGCACAAUAUCAUACGCCACAUUGGUUUCCUGGCAUCUGACAACAACUUCGCAAGGUUUCCGAUAUACGAGAUCGAGCCUGGUAGCUCUAGGUUUCUCCAAGAUGUUCGCCCAGCGUUUGGCGGGCCCGGCCCACAAGGCCUUCUAUGUCCCAUCUGGGUACUUGAACGGCUGAGCGGGAUUCCGUUCAACCCCGCACAGUUUCCAAAUGGUUUCCUGCCUCCCAUCCCAUCCAUUCCCAUUGGAAUUCCUCCGCAGGCAUCUUGGGACACCUUUGAUCCAUUCGUUCAGCAAUCGUUAUCGUUUUCUGACACGCUGCUCCCUCUGUCCAUGGAUUUUGAUAAUGAUCCCACCGUCGAUCUCACUGUCACAUCUACGGUAGACGACAUGUUUGAAUCUGCUUUGGACGACAGCAGCUUCUUCAACAAUAUGAUCAUCGCUGAUGAGGCGGAUGCUCCUCAUGAAGAACUUCAUUGGAUGCUGACACUCCGGGACGAUUCCCUUGAUUGCAGUCAGAAAAAGUCACUGAAACUCGCUUUGCUGACGUCGCCUUGGGGACGCCCAAUCAAGUUGGCAAAAUAUCUAUAUGUGGGCUACAUAUUGGUUGGGAUUCCCACCAAUCCAUUCUCGAUGCGUGAGGUGGACUGCCGGCGGUUGAUCACCACCAGCUUCUUGAGAUCCCUCCAUCUCAACCUCAAAUCAUACGAAGAACUACGUGAAAUACCUUUGACAGUCGUGAACAAUGUCGGCAGUGAGACUUGUGUAAAUUGGUACCAAUUGAGAAACAGGUUCCUAGAUUACCCCAUAGAUUUUACUUCCGAGCUGAGGAAAAUUGUGAGGGGUGGGACGACUCCAGACGCCGGGUUUGGGAACAACACGGAGCAGGAGGCCCAAAUGAAACUUCGCAUCAUCGAUUUGAUGAACUCUGGUGACGAAGGCAUGAUUCAGGAAGCUAUCUGCGAGCUUAUAGUUACUCAAGGCUUCAGGGAACUCCUCUGGGCCGCCUUAUUCCGACCCAUUGUUGACUUCCCUCAAGGCCAAGCGCGAUUAGCAGAUCUUUACCCCGAAGCCAUCCAAACCUUGACGGGUUAUCUAGGACAGGGUAUCGUGGGUGUACUUGUCACCCUCAUGUAUCAAUCAUUCAUACCGGCUCACGCGGAAAAGAUACAGUUGAAAACGCUGGAAGUAUAUCCUCACAUUAUGGCUGCCCUACAUGUGAUGUAUGCGAUUCCACACCGUUUCAGCCGUUUCUUCGAUGUGGCCCAGAAGCUCCCUCACAUACGGGAGGCAAAUGUCUUGUCUAUUGAUCCUAAGUCUCGUCUCGCGAGAGUAAUCUUGGACCCUGUCACAAAUGAGAAGCGGAUGAAGAACAUGGACGAUGUCAAAGAUAUAGUCGUCGAACUGCCUCAUGAUGAAUUGACGGUCCCUUACGCACGGUUCAGGCUCCCGCAUUCGCUCAAGUCUGUUGAUAUUCCCCAAUGUUACUUCAUGGCGCUUCCACCUGCGUAG